UGGCGAUGAUUUUCUUAACUGUCACCGGCUGUUGUGUCGCCCCGACAAGUGGCAAGGAAGGGUCCGAGGAGACCGUCAUCAUCGGGCUCCGACUGGAGGACACGGACGACAUUUCCUUCAUGGAUCGGGGCUACCUGCGGGUGAGCGAGCGCUCUCGGGUCAAAUUGAGGGUGUACGGGCAGAACAUCAACAACGAGACCUGGUCCAAGAUCGCCUUCACGGAACACGAGCGGAGCCGGAGCCAGGAGGACUCGUCCGGCUCGCAUCCCUGCGGUAUAAGGACUUCGGAUAUAAUUAUAUCGCCCAGCAUCAUCCUGAACCGAAAGACAUCCGGAAUAGUUGAAAUCGAGGUCAAACCGCUGCGGAAGACGGAGAGGAGUAAAGCGUACUACCUCUGCAUCGCCACCUCGACGCCCGCCGCCGCCGGGAUGCACGACCCGUGGACGGAGAACACCUGGAUCUACCACGACGGGGACGACACCAAAGUGAUAGUGGUGGAGGAGAAAAAGUUCCUGCUGCCUUUCUGGCUCCAGGUCAUCUUCAUCUCCAUGUUGCUGUGUCUGUCCGGCAUGUUCAGCGGCUUGAACCUGGGGCUCAUGGCUCUGGACCCCAUGGAGCUCCAGAUCGUCCAGAACUGCGGCACGGAGCGGGAGAAGAAUUACGCCAAAAAAAUCGAGCCGGUCCGGAGCCAAGGGAAUUACCUUCUUUGCUCGCUUCUUCUGGGGAACGUGCUGGUGAACACCACGCUGACCAUCCUGCUGGAUGAUAUCGCCGGUUCGGGCUUGAUCGCGGUGGUCAUGUCCACCAUCGGAAUAGUGAUUUUCGGGGAGAUCGUGCCCCAGGCCAUCUGCUCCAGACACGGCCUGGCUGUGGGCGCCAACACCAUCUUCCUCACCAAGUUCUUCAUGCUGCUCACCUUCCCGGCGUCCUACCCGGUGAGCAAGCUGCUGGACUACCUGCUCGGACAGGAGAUCGGUACCGUGUACAACCGGGAGAAGCUGCUGGAGAUGCUGCGCGUCACGGACCCCUACAACGACCUGGUGAAGGAGGAGCUGAACAUCAUCCAGGGCGCGCUGGAGCUCCGGACUAAGACCGUGGAGGACGUGAUGACGCCGCUCAGAGAUUGCUUCAUGAUCCCCGGGGACGCCACCCUGGACUUCAACACCAUGUCCGAGAUCAUGAAGAGCGGCUACACCCGCAUCCCCGUGUUCGAGGGCGAGAGGUCCAACAUCGUGGAUCUGCUCUUCGUCAAGGACCUGGCCUUCGUGGACCCGGAUGAUUGCACGCCGCUCAAAACCAUCACAAAGUUUUACAGCCACCCGUUGCAUUUUGUGUUCAAUGACACCAAGCUGGAUGCCAUGCUGGAGGAGUUUAAGAAAGGAAAAUCCCACCUGGCCAUAGUUCAGAGGGUGAACAACGAGGGCGAGGGAGACCCUUUCUACGAGGUUCUGGGUAUCGUCACCCUGGAGGACGUCAUCGAAGAAAUCAUCAAGUCCGAGAUCCUGGACGAGACUGACCUGUACACUGACAACAAGACGAAGAAGAAAAUCACCCAUCGGGAAAGGAAGCAGGAUUUCUCGGCCUUCAAGCCUACUGACAAUGAAAUGAAGGUUAAAAUAUCACCUCAGCUUCUGCUGGCUACCCUGCGUUUCCUAGCAACAG